GAUGUAUAUUUGAUCAUGUAUGAUUUCGCCGUUCCCGAGCUGUGCCUGCAGCACCCAGAAGUGAACGGCAGGCGACCCGGAAGGUCUGAACUCCCUCUGAAGGCAAAGCCGAAAGAACAUCUGAACCUUUCAUUAAAUCUAAUAAACCCACCGUCGAGGUGUGCAAGAAUGGCAGAACCUCGAUUUAAUAAUCCAUACUUCUGGCCUCCACCACCAUCUAUUCCUGGUCAGUUGGAUAACCUCGUUCUUAUCAACAAGAUCAAAGAACAGCUCAUGGCGGAGAAAAUCAGACCUCCACACCUGCCGCCCACUUCUGUACCUUCCCAGCAGCCCUUGCUGGUGCCGCCCACGGCCACAGAAGGCGGGCAGCACAAUAUAUCAACGCCUAAGCUGCAGCAGAUGCCGGGGCUCCACGCUCACAGCACCACCCAGCCCGACAUCGCCCUACACGCUCGACCCGCCUCCAGCACAGUCGCAGGUCGUAUUCUGGGUGACGUAAACUUGAAUCUGGAUGAUAAAACGGCUAUUAAAGCAAGAGGAUUGUGGGAAGACUGGCAUUUGCGGCAAAUCAUAGACCAGCCAUCCAGAGCGAAUCAUCUGUCAGGACUGUCGCUGACGUCUUCUCGAACUGUCAACCACAACACGUCAGAGAGCGUGACGCAGAGCACCCCAACCACUCCAACCACCAGCAGUCAGGCACGUCAUGGCGGUGCUCCUUCCCCAAACCUUCUCUCAGGACUGUCUUGUGGGCCAGGGAUGGACAUUAUCAAAAACAGUGGAGGACUGGCAGGACUGCUGGGUCCUCCUCCGAAGAGCAUAGGACGAGGUCGCAAAAAGAUCAAAGCCGAAAACCCCUCUGGGCCACUCUUAGUCGUUCCCUACCCAAUCCUGGCCUCUGGGGCCGACCAAUCAACUGUCAGCAUUACUGCCAAAGAGGGCAAAACCUACAGAUGUAAAGUGUGCCCGCUGACGUUCUUCUCCAAGUCGGACAUGCAGAUACACUCGAAGUCCCACACAGAAGCAAAGCCACACAAGUGCCCUCAUUGCACCAAGUCCUUCGCCAACGCGUCCUACCUGGCCCAACACCUGCGUAUUCACCUGGGAGUGAAGCCGUAUCACUGCUCCUACUGCGAGAAAUCCUUCCGCCAGCUUUCACACUUACAGCAGCACACCAGAAUCCACACAGGUGAUCGGCCGUAUAAAUGUCUCCAACCAGGCUGUGAAAAAGCCUUCACACAGCUCUCCAAUCUGCAAUCUCACCAGAGAUCACAUAAUAAAGACAAGCCUUACAAGUGCUCCAACUGUUACCGCGCUUACUCUGACUCCGCGUCUCUCCAAAUCCACUUGUCGGCUCACGCUAUCAAAAACGCCAAGGCAUUUUGCUGCAGCAUGUGCGGUCGAGCCUACACCUCAGAGACCUACCUUAUGAAACACAUGUCUAAGCACACAGUGGUAGAACAUCUGGUGAGCCAACACUCACCACAAAGGACCGAAUCACCCAGCGUUCCCGUUCGCAUUUCCCUCAUCUGAGCACUUCUGGUCCUGGACCAGCCCACUGUCGCUCGGUCUUUCCCAACCUUGGCGUAAGCAAGCAAAAUCGCCUGUCCUCGGUGGUUUGACGUUUAUUAUUUUGCGUGUGUGUGUGUGUUUGUUAGUUUGUUUCGGUUUUUGAGAACAUUCCAACAUGUAUUUGUCUGUGUGGAUAGAGGCUCAAACACAGCAGCGCUUUAGGAAGUUUCUAUUACACGCGUUCCUCUUCUCCAACUCAUUGUUGAGUUGAGAGGGAAUAAUCGGGAAAUCCAAAGAUGGUUUCACAGCACUUUCAGGCCACACAGUUUUGGCUUUAAAUGUUUCUGGUCUGUUACGACAAUAAAGGCAUUGCUCUUGGCAGCUAAACGUUUGGGACUGUAGGUAUUAUGCAUUAUAAAAUCAGAAGACAUACGUUGUAUGUUUAAACAAGCUUGGACCAAGUCCAGUACCUCCUCUCAUAUUUUUCUAUGCUGUCUGGGGGAGAAAAAAAAAAAUUCCCUUCUUUUGGGCAACUCGAGUCGGUUUAGAGACCAACGGUCUUGUGUUUUGGUAAUGUCAAUCAUGCCGUACGUUUCUUUCAUGUUAAAACAUUUCCUCGCUCGUAGGGAAAUCUGACUGAAAAUAGCUUUAGCAUUAAAUGUUUUAACUUCUCAAACGGACUGUUAUAAAUCUGACUUUAUAGACAAAUCCGCACAUUUUAGAUGUUUUGCGAGAUUAAUCCUUUAGUGCUUUACAAAUUCUUGUGGUCUGGUGCCAAAAAUUGAAUAUGAAAACGGUUCGCGUGCGAUUCUGAGGUUUCAGAAUGAACGCAUAUAGUGUUUAAAAUGAACACUUUAAAAAAGUGUACACCUGCUUUAUGUCAGCAUGCAUUUGACAUUAUAGAUGGGUAAAAACUGCCAAGAAAUGUCUAAACUGUUAUAUUUUGAAUAAAAGAAAAUGAUGCCGAUUUUUGGAUAAGAGGCAUGCCUAAACUUAAUUUAUGUUCAUCUUAAUAUUUGUAUAAAUGUACACUUUCAUUCAAAAGUUUGGAAUCAGUACAAUUUUUUAUGUUUUUUAAAUAAAUUUAUUUGAUCAAAAAUACAGAUUUUUUUUUUUAAAUAAUAUUUGCAU